GCCGGUAUGACUAUCAAGAUAGGGAAAUCAAUGUGUUAGAGAGAGAAGUACCUUUCCAAUGAGUAAGAGUGAGAAAGAUGCUGACGUCACAGCGAUGGAAUCUACCAUAGUUAUUUUCCACUAGAUGGCGCCACCAAUCCGCCAUUCUUAUUCCAAUUCGCCAUUUUUAUUCCAUUUCAGUAUUUUUAUUUAAAUUCGCCAUUUUUGAUCCAAUUUUCCUUGACAUUACGUUGAAGAAAUCUACCAUACCUAUUAGCCGCUAGAUGACGCCAUUUUUAGUCCAUUUUUAUUUAAAUUCACCAUUUUUAUUCCAAUUCGCUAUUUUUAUUCCAAUUUGUCUUGACACAGAUAUUACGUUGAAGGAAUCUACCAUAAUUCGUUCUAAAUAUGAUCUCAAAUAAAAUCCCACACAUAAAACAAAUUGAAUUCAUCGAUAUGAAAAAGAACUUCGACUGAGUUGACAAAGACAAAAAAAAUCUAGAAGGAAGAUAUUUAAUAGAAAAAGAUUGCAAAUUUUCAAAGCAAAAGUCUUUUAGACUAAUUCGAUUGUGAAAAUUAUAUAUACACAAGUAAAAAAUCGAACUCCUAUUGGUUCAAUAAAAAAAUGAAAUACAACAGCAUGUAAAAAGGCUUUAGUAUUUUCAGUCCUAUUGGUUCACGUGAUUAUUUAACAGAAUAAAAUGACAUAGAAAAAUGAAAUUUCCCUUCCUCGUAGAUACGCCACUGCUAAUAUGGAAAGAUAUAUUAUAUUAGAAACUUUAUUUAAUUUUAUUUAAUAGCUAAAUGAUAUAUGGAAAAAUAUUAUAAACUUUGCUUAAUAGCAAAGCAAUUAGAAGGUAAUUUAAAAAAUACGUCACAAAUUGAUGGAGAAAAUACAGUAAUUAAAGACCCAUCAAUAUAAUUACUGGACUUUGAUAUAAAAACGAGAAAAGCAGGGAAAAAUAUUGUAUUCGAGUUUUCGAGGCAGUUAAGUACAUUUGUCAUAUUGCAGUCAACAUAGCAGUAAGGUGAGUACUAUUUUUACUUUAUUCUGAUUUUUAAUUUAUAUUCUUACCGUGUUAUAUGCCAUUCUUCAAUAAAAUUAAACUAAAAUACUUUUGUGACUGUCUCUUAGAUAUAUAUUUUUUCGGUUUUAUUUUUCUAGUAUUUCUCAAUAUUUUUUGCUUCUUAUAUAUGAGAGUUUGCUUCUUUGUUCCUGAAGCCGAACUGAUUUUCACGUAUCCGUCUAUCAAUUGCCCAUAUGUGAUAGUUAUAUUGCUCUUUGUACAUUGUUGUCUCUUUUUAAUAAAUACAGUGCUUCUCCAUUCGUCUGGCUUUGUCCAACUUCCAUAAUUCUACUAAAUAAACCUGUUAGCCAACUUGUUUCUGUCUUUCUCAGAAAUAUCAUCUGACAUUCUUUGAUCCACUUCAAAGAGAGUGAAAUUGUGUAUAGCAAAAAUAAAUGAUGUGUCUUUUGGUUUCUGUUUUAUCUAGUGCUUCGUAGCGUUGCAGCAGGUUAGAAUCCCAAAUUUUUAGUAAUUUCGAUUUUAUUCAUACAUAUUAGAUCUAUGUUUGCUUAUUUGUAACUUGUGUAUAUAUAAUUUUCUUAAUCGAAUUACUCUAAAAGACUUUUGCUUUAAAAUUUUGCAACUUUUUUCUAUUCCUCCUCCUCCUCAGUCGUUUCCUCAUUGCUGAGUGUCGUGAUUCCCUAUAAUACGAGCGCAACUAUCUCUUUCCAUCUGCUUCUGUCCUGAGCUUCCCUCAUAUAGAUUCAGAGAAUGUUUUUCCACAGGCUUUCUGUAUUUGAUCCGUCCAUCGAGUAAGUGAGCAACCUCUACUUCCGCGCCCUUCAACAUUUCCCGAAAUUUUUUUCUAUUAGAGACCUUUAUUUUAGAUAUAUUUUAUAUAAAUCUCACACAAGAAAUGCAUUUUUUCUCGAUUUUUUCAUUUUAUUUUCGAAGAGAGUGAAUUUUAGUAUAGCAAGUUGUUAUUGUUUUAGGUGGAUUUAGCAAAAAAUAAGCAAGGUUUCAUCCAUUGUAGUGGAAACGAACAUCCAACAGUCAAAUUCAAAAUCGUUGAAACUUAGAAUAAAAAAAGAAGGUGGAUUUAGCAAAAAAUAAGCAAGGUUUCAUCCAUUGCAGUGGAAACGAACAUACAACAGUCAAAUUCGAAAUCGUUGAAACUUAGAAUAAAAAAAGAGGGUGGAUUUAGCAAGAAAUAAGCAAGGUUUCAUCCAUUGCAGUGGAAACGAACAUCCAGCAGCCAAAUUCAAAAUCGUUCAAACUUAGAAUAAAAAAAGAGGGUGGAUUUAGCAACAAAUAAGCAAGGUUUCAUCCAUUGCAGUGGAAACGAACAUCCAGCAGCCAAAUUCAAAAUCGUUGAAACUUAAAAUAAAAAAGAGGGUAAGUGAUUUUGUUUUUUUUUUAUAUGCCAUACAUAUAUUAAAAUGAUUAAGGAAAUAGUUAAGCAGUCGGAUAAUCUAUUAUUAACUAUUAAAAGACUACGCAAAAUAAUUUUUGAUAAAUUUACUUCAAUUGAUGCUAAAGUGUGGUUAAAGCGAUUAAAUGCACACAUUUACAAAUGUAAUAAUUUAAUUAAAGCUAAAAGAUUACCUGUAGGAACUGCUAGAAAAUUACAGUCAAACGUAGGACAUUUUAAACAUUUUCGAAGAAUAAUUUUAAAUUUUAAUAGACAUGUUGGUCUAGGACUUAAUUCAAAAUUACGUAAUAGAGUAAAAUGGGAAAAUGUCGCUUCAAGUUUUGCAAGCCGGAUUAAGACAGGGGUUAUAAUAAAUUUAUAUCAUAAGGAUGUAGGACCGUUUUUGGAUGAUGCUUUUGCGGUAUUUAGACAAAAAGUUAAAACUCUUUUGAAAUAUAAUAGAGUACUUAAAGUCAACACUACUUUGUGGGGAGAAUUUAUUAAAAAGACAGGUGACAGUGAGAGUUUAGAUUUGAUGCAUUUUAGCACUAAAAAUGUCAUUAUAGAUAGUUAUUCAACCGAUUUACACAUUUGGUUUAGCGAAAAUGUCAAAGAUAAAAUUUUUAAAAAAAUGUCUGAGUUUGCAGAAAAAGAUUCAGGUGCCGCUCUCUCUAAAGUAAUCUCAUUAGAAGUUAACAUCAAUAAAGUCGAAAUUGGGAACGGAUCAUCGUACAUUAAACUUCCUGAGCAAAUUCAAAAGCGUCGAGCAUGUAUAAAUAUCAAAAAUUAUGAUCAAAAUUGUUUUUAUUGGGCGAUUAUUAGCUCUCUUUAUCCUGCUAAAAUAAAUACAGAACGUACGUCGGCAUAUCCAUAUUACAGUACUGCGUUGAAAACGGAGGACUUGGAAGCUCCAAUGCCUUUAAGUCAUAUUACAAAAUUUGAAAAAAUAAAUACUAUAUCAGUGAAUGUUUAUGCUUUGGAAUUAAAUCAAAUUAAGGAAAAACAAUUUUACGAAGUAGUACCUGCUAGACUUACACAAAACAAGCUUGAUAGACAUGUAAAUUUGCUUCUAAUUCAGGAUAAAUAUUUUCCAAAGUUAAAUGAUUACGACGCUCCUCCUAGUGACGAUGAAAAUAUUGAAAUAAAAUAUCAUUAUUGCUGGAUUAAAGAUAUGUCUAGGUUGGUAAGUUCUCAGUUAAGCAAGAACGAACAUAAAAAAUAUAUUUGUGAUCGCUGCAUGAAUUAUUUUUCCAGCGGGAAUAAACUUGCGGAGCACGAAGAGUUCUGCAGAGACAUAAACAAAUGUAAAAUGACUGUUCCCAAAUACGAUCAUGUUGCUUUUAGAAAUUUCACAUACAAACAAACCACUCCCUUUAUUAUAUAUGCUGAUUUUGAAUGUCAGUUACAUAAUUUUACAGAUUCUAAUGUAAAACUGAGCAAAACAGCAAAAUACCAAAAGCAUGUACCUUAUAGUGCAGGCUAUUACUUUAACUGUGCUUACGAUGACAGCUUAUCAUAUUUUCGAAGCUACAGAGGUGAAAAUUGCAUGGAGUGGUUUGCAAAAGAAAUGGCUGAAAUAUCCAAAUUUGUCAAUUCUAAAAUAAAAUCAAUUGUACCUAUGGUUACAAAGCCUAGUACAAGUGAGGCAACUGCCUGUCAUAUUUGUGAGAAACGCUUUUUAGCUACAGAUAUAAUUGUGGUAGAUCAUGAUCAUUUUACCGGAGAGAUAAGAGGAUUUGCACACCAAGCAUGCAAUUUAAACUUCAGAAAGGUGUUUGUUGUGCCAGUAGCCUUUCAUAAUUUUAGUGGAUAUGACUCACAUUUCAUGAUUAUCGAUUUAUGCAAACAUGGGCACCUGAGCUUACUUCCUAUUAAUAAAGAAAAAUAUAUUUCUUUUACUCUACAUUCAGAUGAGCAUAAAAUUAGACUAAGAUUUAUCGAUACUAUGAGAUUUAUGGGAACUUCACUCGAUGAAUUAGCAUCACUUUUAGAUACUUCAGAGAAGAAGAUUUUAAAACAAGAAUUUUACAGUUUAGAUGAUAAUGCAUUUAACUUAUUAACUUGCAAAGGAGUAUUUUGCUAUGAUUAUGUUGAUAGUUUGGAAAAAUUAGAGGAAACUUCUUUACCUACAAUUAGUCAUUUUUAUAAUAAAUUAUGUGAUGAACAUAUUAGCGAACAGAAGUAUGCUCAUGCGCAGAAAGUUUGGUCUACAUUUGAAUGUAAAAAUUUGGGACAGUAUAGCGAUUUGUACUUAAAAACAGAUAUUUUGCUUCUGGCUGAUGUAUUUGAACAAUUUAGACAAAAAUGUAGGGAUACGUACCAUUUAGAUCCUGCGUGGUAUUAUACCAUACCAGGUUAUACAUGGGACUGUAUGCUUAGGUAUACAAAAUGUAGAUUAGAGUUAUUAAAAGAUGUGGAUAUGAUUUUGUUUAUUGAAAAAGGCAUAAGAGGCGGAAUAUCUGUGUGUAGUAACCGAUUUUCGGAAGCUAACAAUAAGUACAUGUCGACAUAUGACCCCACACAGCCCUCUAAGUACAUCAUGUAUUUAGAUGUAAAUAAUCUAUAUGGUUGGGCUAUGAGUGAAUAUUUACCUUUUGGAGGAUUUAAGUGGAUUGAAGAUGUAACCAAAUUUGGUGUUGCAUCUAAAUCCACUAAACUUCCCAAGGGUCAUAUUGAUAUUAUGUCAAUUCCGAAUGCUGCGAAGGAGGGCUAUUUCUUUCAAGUUGACUUAGAGUAUCCACGUGAAUUACACGACAAACAUAAAGAUUUUCCAUUUGCUGCCGAACACCGCAUUCCUCCCGGUUCAAAACUACCAAAAUUAUUGCCAACUCUUUUUAAUAAGUCAAAAUAUAUUAUUCAUUAUAGAAAUUUAAAGCAGGCUUUAUCCAACGGAUUAAUUUUAACUAAAAUACAUAAAGUUUUGAAAUUUAAUCAAUCUGCAUGGCUGCGACCCUAUAUUGAGUUAAAUACUAACUUACGGGCUGCAUCUAAGAGCAGUUUUGAGAAAAAUCUCUAUAAAAUGAUGAAUAAUGCUGUGUUCGGUAAGACCAUGGAGAAUAUAAGGAGGCAUAGAACUGUAAAAAUAUGUAAAAAUUGGAAUGGAAGGUAUGGAGCCAAAAACUUGAUUGCAAGUAUUCGGUUUCACAGUCGUACUAUCUUUAGUGAAAACCUAGUGGCCAUCGAACUAACCAAAUCAGUGGUGUGCUUUAAUAAACCUUUGUAUAUAGGUGCAGCAAUCCUAGACAUAUCAAAAUUAUGUAUGUAUGAUUUUCAUUACUCCUUCAUGCUUCCAACGAUGGGAGAAGAAAAUUGUAUGUUAUUGUACAUGGAUACAGAUAGCUUUAUAUAUGAAUUACAGUGUUUAGAUGCAUAUAAGGAGGUUUUAAAGGCACACAACUGUAAAUUCGAUACAUCUGACUAUUCGGAAAAUAACCCGUACAUGAUAGAACGGUUAAAUAAAAAAAUCCCCGGUCUAAUGAAGGAUGAAGCUAAUGGAAAAAUUAUUACACAUUUUAUUGGUCUAAGAUCAAAAAUGUAUACAUUUAAAUUACAAACAACUGAUGAAGAGAGAGAAAAUGAGAGAGAACGUUUAAAACUGAAACUAAACAAGGAACAAAUUGAUUGUGGUAUUCAAAAUUUAGGUAUAACCAAAAAAGCAAAAGGUGUAAAAUAUAAUGUAGUCAAAAAUAUAAUCACAUUUGAAGAUUUUGAAAAUUGUUUAAAAGAAUACAAAAUUAAAAGCACAAACCAAAGGUGUAUUCGGUCAUAUCAACAUUCAGUAUUCAGCAUAGAGCAAACAAAAACGGCCCUAAGUCCUUAUGAUGAUAAACGAUAUUUAAUACCAGAAUCCUUUAAGACGCUUCCCUGGGGGCAUUGUGAUAUACCUUAAUUUUUUAGCAAAAAUAUAAUCGCUUUAAGACGCUGAGGGCAUUUACUUGGAUAUUAAAAAUAUGUAUGGCUGGUGAAAAGACACAAUCACUUUUCCUCAGUAAUAUUUAAUAAAAUGACUAUUGUACAAUAUUAUUUUUUCAUUAUCCUUUUGUAAAUAUAUUACGAAAAUAAAACACAAGUGUUUAAAUACAUAA